UGGAGAAGUUUUAGCGAAACUUUAAGGAUGAUAUACCUUGGAUGUUUCCUGUUGCUCUGUGGGCUUACGCAUGUCAUGGCAAGUUAUCCCAUCUGGUGGUCACUAGCAGUGGGCCACCAGUACUCAUCACUGGGCACUCAACCCAUCCUCUGUGGCAGCAUCCCGGGUCUGGUGCCCAAACAGCUGCGUUUCUGCCGGAACUAUGUGGAAAUCAUGCCCAGUGUGGCCGAGGGGGUGAAGAUUGGCAUCCAGGAGUGCCAGCACCAGUUCAGAGGGAGACGCUGGAACUGCACCACGGUCAAUGACAAUUUGGCCAUUUUUGGGCCAGUGUUAGAUAAAGCCACUCGAGAGUCAGCAUUUGUUCAUGCUAUUGCCUCGGCGGGAGUGGCAUUUGCAGUGACCCGUGCCUGCGCUGAGGGUUCAGCCACCAUCUGCGGUUGUGACACACGCCACAAGGGCCCCCCUGGUGAGGGAUGGAAGUGGGGUGGCUGCAGCGAGGAUGUGGAGUUUGGGAGCAUGGUGUCCCGAGAGUUUGCUGAUGCGAGGGAGAAUCGCCCUGAUGCACGCUCAGCGAUGAACCGCCAUAACAAUGAGGCAGGAAGAAUGUCCCUCAACGACAACAUGUUCCUCAAAUGUAAGUGCCAUGGGUUGUCGGGCAGCUGCGAGGUCAAGACAUGCUGGUGGUCUCAGCCUGACUUCCGAGUAAUUGGCGACUACAUGAAGGAUAAAUAUGACAGUGCAUCAGAGAUGGUGGUAGAGAAACAUAAGGAGUCCCGCGGAUGGGUGGAGACUCUGAGACCUAAGUACAACUACUUCAAACCACCCACAGAGCGCGACCUGGUUUACUAUGAAAGCUCACCCAAUUUCUGUGACCCCAAUCCUGAAACCGGCUCCUUUGGAACCCGCGAUCGCAUCUGCAACCUGACAUCCCACGGCAUAGACGGGUGUGACCUCCUCUGUUGCGGCAGAGGACACAACACCAGGACUGAGAAGAGAAAGGAGAAGUGUCACUGUAUCUUCCACUGGUGCUGCUACGUCAGCUGUCAGGAGUGUGUGAGAGACUACGAUGUGCACACCUGCAAAUAAAGACAUCUGGUUUUCGCCUUUUCCACCAAAAUUUUAAGACUUUUAUUAGGCAGAAGAACGAAUACAGCAACUCAUCUACAAGACAUGAGAGACUGUAAAGCUGUCCGACCUGUCCAUGGACCCUUGAUCACAGUCCAUGGACUCCAUGGACUGUGAUCAAGGGUUGAGUAGAUGUUGACAUCACAAAGCUUCAUCCAUAUGAGCCGUGCAGAUGGUGAUGAUGACAACAAUGUUGAUAUCUGUAGUGAUGACGAAAGAGUUUUUUGACGUAGGAAAGUACAGUCGGCUAAUUGACAAACACCAUAUUGGUGAUAUUUUUUUGUUUUCUGUGUUUUAAGUAGUUAGUUUUGUUGAGAAUAGUCCAGCACUGCCAAUGAUUUCAAGUCUACGGGGCAAAUAGUGAAAGUGUCACAUUUUCUUCAAUGUGUAAUCAUAACUUGGUUUUGUCACAAAAAGUGACAACAUUUAUGAGCAAUUUACAAGAUUAGACACUCAACAGCACGCAUUCUCAUCCUCAACAUUUUAAGUUUGUAUGUGUAUAUCUGAAAACUAACAUCGUUGUGUGACUGAGUUUCUUUAUAGUGUUAAUAUGUUACUUAUGUUUGGGUAAGAAUGCACUUGCACCUGAGUGAAUGUAGUUAUUAUGCUGCAAUGUGUUUACAUGUUCUCAAAUUCUUAAGCUAACGAGUUAAUAUCUGCUUUAAAUGACUAAUUUUAUCUCGAGAGUAGACAUGAGCCACAUCAACUGAAAAUCGGCAAAACAAUAUACACAUCCU